CCUCUUCCCAUUCCAGUUCCUCCUUGUAUCAGAUUCCUCUCCCCUCCGAACGAUGACCGCCGCAGCUACCACGGCGGCACGGCGUGCGAUACACAGGCACAAUCCAGGCCCUUUCCGCUCGUUCUGGUCCAGGUUGGUGCUGUUCCAUUCUUGAUUUCUCAGUACUGCUUACUCCAUGGAACAUGUGCGGGGCGGCAUGGAUUCCCAAUCUAGAAGAGUUCGGGCAGCUGCCGCACUUGACGAAGUGCGGGACCUCGGUGCUCGUGUGUGGGGCUGCUGCGUUGCUUCUGCGGCCGUGGAGUCGAGGGACAAUUGGGAUUUACGAGAAAUCAUCUCCUGCCAGGGCAUGCUUUCCAGGCCUAUGGCUAGACUUGCUUCAUCCGGUUCAAGAGUUUCGAGCUGGGCAAGUGGCUGAGCUUGCUUCAGAGUGGCAUAAAAUCAUUGUCAGUACAACAGAGACUGAAUUCUUUCGCAAAUAUGAUCAAUGGGCUGUAGAACUGAGGGAAAAUCUUGUGCAAGGCAUUGGCCCAACAGACGUGCGGAUUCUGAUGAACAUGAAACGGAUGGUUACAGAUCUCCAAAUAGAGGAAGUAAUCUGCCAUAUUGUAUCGUGUCCGUCCAGUGCCGAUCCACCGGCUCUGGUUCGCUCGUGGCACGGGAUAUGCUCUCCUCUCCGGCUGAGCUCGAGUCCUACCCUCCCCCACAAAAGCAGCGACGCGCCGACGCCGCCACCAACCCCACUGCUGCCCUGCUCCACCGCCAUAGCCGCAAGGAAAAUAUCAAAUCGGCGCCGCGAGGAGCCACAGGAAAAAAAAUUUCCCCAGGGUUUCCUCGCAAAACCCUCCGAAUUCCUCGAUUCGGCGCCGCCCCCGGCCCCGGAUUUGGGGGGUUUAUGCAUGGCGUCGGACCCUCCCGGCGACGGCGCCGGCGGGGAGGAGCCGGCGCCGGGCCCCGCCCCGGCCGCCUUGGAGGAGGAGGCGCCGGCCGCGCCCGCCGCUCCGGCCAUGCGGCUCUGGCCCGAGGAGAUCAAGGUCUACUCCCGCAAGUACCCCGGCAAAAACCCUAAACCUCCGGAACCAGCUCCCUCCCCCGCCCCAUCUCCAUCCCCAUCAACAGCUCCCUCCCCCGCUCCAGCUCCAUCCCCCUCCCCCGCCCCCGCCCCCGCUCCAGCUCCCUCCCCCGCCCCCGCUCCUAACCCUAACCCCCUUUCCGAAACCCUAUCAUCGAUUCGCCGCUCCAUCCGCCGCGGGGAGGCCGGGGGCUCUGCGCCGCGGCCCGAUCCGGUCGCGGCUGCCUCGACCCUCGCCCCGGAGCCGCCCGGCGAGCGCGCCGCCGCUUCCGAGGAGCCCUCGUCGGGGCACGACCGGGACGGCGGCGGCGGCGUCGUUCCCAACGGCCACGGCGACGACCGGGCUGCUGAGAAGGCCGAGAAGGCACGGAAGCGCAGGGCGAGGAGCGAGCUGCGGCGGCGGCUGGCGGGGGAGCUCGACCAGGUGCGCGUGCUCUCCAGGCGCCUCAAGGAGGCUGCCGAGACCCUGGCGCAGCAGGAGGCUGCUGCUCCCCCGCCCGCGCCUUUGCCCCUGGUGGUGAUGCCGCAGCAGCAGGUGGUGGACGCAGGGUACGUGCAGCAGCAGUUCUCAGCUGGUGAUAUGGGGACGCCCAUGUCCGCGCAGCUUGUGGGUGCGGUUGCACCUGUCCGCUCGCUGCUCCCGCGCAGGCCGCUAACCGUUUCGGUCGCUCAUAAUGAAGCCUUUGAGAAGGAGAAACGGACGCCAAAGGCCAAUCAAUUGUACCAAAACUCUGAGUUUUUGCUUGCUAAGGAUAGGAUCCCGCCCUCAGAUUUGCAUGGACGCAAGAAGUCCAAGCACCACAAGAAGAAGCACAGGUCACAAGAAUCUCAUGGCGCAGACUUCGAUGCUGAGCGGAGGUUAUACUCUCAUGCAUUCAAGAAGUCCUCAUCUCUACUGAGCCGGCUAAUGAAGCACAAGUUUGCGUGGGUGUUCAACAAGCCUGUCGAUCCCGCUGCACUUGGUUUGCAUGACUAUUUUGCAAUUAUUAAGCACCCAAUGGAUCUUGGCACAAUAAGGGCGCGGCUCAGCCAGGGGCAGUACAGGAACCCAAAGGAGUUUGCUGACGAUGUGCGGCUCACUUUCCAUAAUGCAAUGACGUAUAACCCCAAGGGACAGGAUGUGCAUUUCAUGGCAGAACAGUUGUCAGGAAUCUUUGAGGCACAGUGGCCUGAGAUCGAGGCUGAGGUUAACUAUCUCGCAUCAUGUCCUCCAUUGCCAAAGAAGUUCCCGCCUCCACCGAUUGACUUGCGCUUCCUUGAGAGGUCAGAUUCCAUGAGACGCCACAUGGCGUUGGACUCUUCAAGGCCAAUCAGCCAUACUCCCACUUAUACCCGGACUCCAUCGAUGAAGAAACCAAGGGCAAAGGAUCCAAAUAAGAGGGACAUGACCAUAGAUGAGAAGCGUAAGCUUAGCGAGAACCUCCAGAAUUUGCCUCCAGAGAAGCUUGACGCUGUUGUACAAGUCAUUAAGAACAAGAAUCUAUCAGUUAGGCAGCAUGAUGAUGAGAUUGAGGUUGAAAUUGAUAGUAUGGAUGCUGAGACACUUUGGGAGCUUGACAGGUUUGUGGCUAACUACAAGAAGAACCUGAGCAAGCAAAAGAGAAAGGCCGAGCGUGCAAUGCUUGCCAGACAAGAUGCAGAGUUGCGCGCACAGCACUCUGUACAACUACCGCAACAACCGCAACCACCCCAAGUCGCACAAGAACCCAAUGUUGGUGAAAAAUCUCCGAAGCAAAUUGAGAAAGAUACGAUGGCAGGCAAGCAACUGGCAACAUCUGCUCCAGAGCAAAAUGAUGAGAAUAGACAAAAUGCGAGCAGUUCAAGCAGUUCAAGCGGCUCCAGCAGUGAUUCAGGAUCGUCUUCUAGUGAUUCAGACAGUGAUAGCUCCUCUUCGGAUGGAUCUGAUGCUGGCAAUUCUUCUUGAGAUAUAGGUUCAGGAGUUGGUCGAGUAGACAGUAACUGUCUAAUUGUAUUUGACAUGACAAUGGCUCCGUAAGAUUGUACAUGUUUACCUUGUCUGGCUUAGGAAACCGCCCCUGUAUUCUAAGUAGCUUUGUAUGUGGAUUCACCCGCUGAAGGCAGUAACUUGUAGGUUCCGGGGUGUACCACCUAAUAAGACUGGGCUUGUUGCUGACACUCCUUGUCUCUGUACACAGCGUUGUUGCUAGGAGCCCUUUGGUUGGCUCAGUAGACUGUACAUUAAUCCUGUUAGCUGUGUUGAUUGCAGUAUGUAGGAAAGUGAUUGCUGUAUGCAUUGACAAGCCAUUUGUUUCCUCUUUUGUGAACUGAAAAGAUUGGCAAGCCUGAUAGCCCCGUUCGUUUUUA